AUGGGUAAAGUUGGCGUUUGGAAGGCAUCUUAUUAUUGUAAUAGGACCAAAACAUGGAUCUAUGGCCGUUUGGUAAUCUACACUCGUUGUAUUCGCUUUUUGGAAGAAAAAGACGGAAGAAAUUGCGUCGAUUUUCGAAUAUACUAUGAGGAUUUCUUCGAGCUAAAAAAAGAAACUACAUCCAUAUUUUACGCGGCUAUAUCAGUCCGUGUUAACACUGAUAAAUAUUGGUUCUCGUCGUUUUCUGAUCGUGGAUAUGUUUUUAAUACAAUCGAACAUUUUUGGAAGGAAAGGUUAUUUGCGAGGUGCGUAGAAAUAAUUAUUCCAACCUCUACAUGUACAUGACACAAAAUACGAAUCAAUUUCAUGACGUAAUCAAUACUUUUGUAUGGGAAUCCCUUAUUUACUUUUACCAAAAAAUGCUCUUUCAUUUAAUCUUUCAGCUCUGAUGGUGAGGAACCACCUAACUCUAAACUCCUCAAUAUCCUAUACGAUGCACAGAGUACACUAACUUCGGCUGGGAAGACUGUGCACAAACAGGGGCAGCAAAUUGAUGCGGCUUGUUCCAAUAUAAACAAGAUUCACAAUGACCUGAGCGUGGCAGAGACUUUAAUUUACAAUCUAGAUUCCUGGUUAAACAAAUGGAACGUUGAAACUCCACAUGUGCACAUUGAUGUUCCAGAAAACAAUGCAAUGCUAAAGAAGUCUGAAUUUCCCAUUGUUUAUGCCAGGACACAGAAAGAAAAGCACUUACCCGGUAGUUUAGUUCUAUCAAAUGAAUCAGUGGAUAUUUUAACUGCGGAAAGAAAUUUUGAUAUCAGUUUUACUCUGAGGGAAAUCACUGAAAUCAGUGUUCACACACCAUGGGAGAUGACCAUAUUGCAGCUUAGGAUUGGUCAGACUGGGCAGUCUGUGCAUCUGAUAGCAGCACGGUUAGUGCACAUUCUUCAAACACUUGAGGUCAUGUUGCCUGGGAAGGUGAACUAUGAGGAUCCACUAGGUGAAUUUGAAGAAGAUGCUGAGGAGAAGUUAGAUGGACUUACUAUGCAAGGU